UUUUAUAGCAAAAAAAAAAAGCGCUGUCACAUAGCGGAUUGUCUCGGUCAUUUUGCGCCAGCGCCGGGCAGUGUCAGGCAAAACAAACGUUUCCAGACGAAUGACCUGACAAAAGCGGCCAUGCCCGAGUCAGAGCGACCCCCCAGCCCCAAGGUCCAUGUCGUCGAGGCGCAGCCCGUCGACGAUGAGAAGCUCAGCCGGCGUCUCAGCAAGGGUAGCCACAUGAGCGCACUGCAGGACAACACGGCUGCCCAGGGCCGAGCAUCGCCGCGAGACGACGAGAAAAAGGAGCCGGAUGCGACCGGUACGGGGAAGCAAGAAUCGCCAGUGGCGACCGAGGCUGAAUGCGGGGUCGGGUCAGCGCCAGCAACCCCGGCCAACACCGAACCGGCCGCCGAGAAAUGGAAUAUGCCCCGGGGCAACAUGGGGCGCCUGGCAUUCGUGUUUCUGUCUUUUGCCAUCGCUGGCCUCAACGACGGCGUGGUCGGGGCCCUGCUCCCCUACCUCGAGCGCUACUACGACCUGUCCUAUACCACCGUGUCGCUCAUCUUCCUGACGCCAUUUGUCGGCUACUCGCUCGCGUCCUUCACCAACGCGCGCAUUCACAUGGUGCUCGGCCAGCGCGGCGUCGCCGUCAUGGCGCCGCUGUGCCACAUCGUCACCUACGCCGUGCUGGCCGCGCACCCGCCGUACCCGGUCCUGGUCGUCGCCAAUAUGAUCUCGGGCUUCGGCAACGGCCUGCUCGACGCCUGCUUCUGCGCCUGGCUCGGCGUCAUGCAGAACGCAAACGCCCUGCAGGGCAUCCUGCACUCCAUGUACUCGCUCGGGGCAUUGUUUGCGCCCCUGAUUGCCACGUCGAUGAUUGUCACUUAUAAUCUGCCCUGGUAUACUUACUAUUAUUUAAUGGUCGGCAUCUGUGUCCUCGAGCUGGUCGGCCUGACCGUCCUCUUCUGGAAAAAGACUGGGGCCGUUUACCGCGCCUCGCAUGAGAACGAGCACGGCACUGAGUCCAAGGGCGCUGGUACGCGCGAGGCUCUCCGGUCCAAGGUCACUUGGCUUUGCUGCCUCUUCUUUUUCUCCUACAUGGGUGUCGAAGUCGGCCUCGGCGGCUGGAUCGUCACCUUCAUGCUCCGCGUCCGAAAUGCCUCGCCGUACGACGCGGGAAUAUCCGGCUCGGGCUUCUGGGCGGGCAUGGCGCUGGGCCGCGCCCUGCUGGGCUUCGUGACGGACCGGUUCGGCGAGCGCCUCUGUAUCUCGCUCUACUUGGUCGCGUGCGUCGCCCUGGAGCUGGUGUUUUGGCUCGUGCCCAACUUUGUCGUCUCGGCCGUCGCCGUCGCUCUGCUCGGCUUUUUCCUAGGACCCAUGUUUCCCGGCGCCGUUAUAAUGGCCACCAAGCUUCUGCCCAAGAAGCUCCACGUCAGCGCCCUCGGCUUCGGCAUGGCCAUGGGCGGAUCCGGCGGGACAGUGUUUCCUUUUAUUAUUGGUGCUGCCGCUGGGCAGAAGGGUGUAGAAGUUCUCCAUCCAAUUGUGCUGGGGCUACUGGCAUUGGUUGUCGUCUCAUGGCUCAUGUUCCCACGGUUGAAGAAGAAGGACGAAACAGUAUCGGCUUAAAAGGGUACCUAUCUACCAAGCCACCGCAAAGUCGAAGCGGUCGAAAUCGUGCAGAAUCCACCGAAUACCGGUCAUGGUUAGGUCUCGCCGACAAGAAAUUUACAGCCGCUGGCCAGCCUGGCCGGGCACAGUGCCCGCGACGCUGCCGGAGCCGAUGCCCGAGAUGCGGUACGGCAGCGACGAGGACGUGAGCGAGCCCCUCGGGGCCGUGUUCUGCGAC